AUGGAUACCUCGAACAGUUCGUGGGUGGACCAGGCCAUCGCUGAGAUGGAUGCUCCAGAUGAUGCAGUUCCUGCCCAGAUGGAUGAAGUUAUGGCCAUUGAUUCAUCAGAUGAAGAGAUGGCUGAGAAGGAGGGUGUGUUGCCACCUCCAGGGCAAGGUAGUGCAAUGGACACUGGUUCGGAUGUGGGAAUGGCAGGGGCUGCUGUUCUAGGAGGGCCAUACCGUGACCUGCCCUCUUUCUGCUCGCUGCCAAGUGUUGUGUCCAUUGAUGACUUGCCGGGCGGUGCCUCAGACACCAGCCCAAUCAAGUUCAAUGCAGGCGUCGAGGCGGCUCGGAUUGCAAAGGAGUUGGGGAUACCUCCUUCGGAGGUGUGCCCAUAUCGCCGCCAGGCUUCUGAGCUUGCCAAUCAACUUGCAGCUGCCACUUUGGCGGCAGGGGUCUCUGAAGGAUCCUCAGGGUCAGCUGUGGAUUUGCAACCUCGAGUCCUCUUUGCGGCCGCAGACACUGAGGACCGACUAUAA